AUGGCUGUGCAAUGUCUCCGUACAAAUGAAGCUGAUAUGGCUGUAUGUGGUGGUGUUAAUGGAAUUUUUACACCAGAAAGUUUUCUACAACAUUCAUUUCUUGGUGCACAAUCACCUGAUGGAAGAAGUCGAUCAUUUAGUGUUGAUGCUAAUAGUUAUGCUAAAGAUGAUGGUCUUGAUCUUUUAUUAUUAAAACAAUUAAGUGAUGCUGAACGUGGUGGCGAUCCAAUUGAAGCUAAUUGUUUAGAUCGAUUCUUUAAUCGAUCAAAUCUUGAUCCACCAUUAUUAUUAGGUUCACUUAAAAGUAAUUUAGGACAUACAGAAGGUGCAGCUGAUGUUAUAUCACUUAUUAAAGUUGCUAUGUGUAUGUAUCAUCGUGGUAUUACAGCAAAUAUGCAAUUUACUUCACUUAAUCCAAAACUCGAAGCACAAAAAUAUAAUCUACAUAUUCUUCAAAAUUUUAUACUAUUUCCAUCCGUUUCAAAUAAUGACAAAAUAGCUAUUGGUGUUAAUUCAUUCGAAACGGUUGGUUCAACGACACAUUCUAUUAUUGAAGAAUAUCAACCAAUAAAUAAAACAUCAAUUCAAAAUGGUCAUAUCGAUGAUGGAAAUCAUAUUAAAAUCAUCAACAAUUACAAGAACAAAUUAAUGCUUUUCUUACUAAAAAAGCAUUACCAGAUCUCACAAUCAUCACGUCCAACAAAAUCAUUAGCACAGAAAAUAUGUUUUGUUUUUAGUGGACAAAGUCCACCAUGGUGGUCUAUGGGUAGACAAUCAUAUGAAAGUGAACCUUUAUUUAAUAAAUGGAUUCAUUUAACUGAUGCGGAAAUGACAAAAAUUAAUAAGGGUGAAUGGAGAUUAUUGGAAGAAUUAAUUGAAAAGAAAAAUGAACAAGAAUCUCGUAUUAAUGAUACAAAUAUUGCUCAACCAACAUUAUUUGCUAUACAAGUUGCAUUAGCAGUUUUACUUGUUUCAUGGAAUAUAUAUUCAUCAUUUAUAAUAUCACAUAGUGCUGGUGAUCAAGCAGCUGCUUUUGUUGCUGGUAUUGAACAUUUGGCUUGUAUUGCUGUUGUUAAUAGUCCUCGUUCAGUAACAAUAAGUGGUGAUGAAAAAACAAUUGAUGAAAUACAACACAUUCUUUCCAUAUCUUAUCCUAAUGUAUUUACAGCACGUCUUCGUAUUGAAAAUGCAUUUCAUUCAUAUCAAAUGAAUCGAUUUGAUAUUGAAAAAGAAAUGCUUUCAUCAUUGAAACAUAUUCGAGGAUUUCCAAUACAAGAUCAAAAACAAAUUUUUGAUCCAAUAUGUGCAAAAGCAAAACUUUAUUCAAGUGUUAUUGGUGAACAAAUGAAUGAUAAUAUACCAGUUGAUGGUCAAUAUUGGUGGUCAAAUGUGAGACAACCUGUUCGAUUUUAUGAUGCUAUAGUAGCAAUUAUAAAGGAUGAAGCAGCAAAUGUUUUUCUUGAAAUUUCACCACAUCCAGUUUUAGCAAAAUCAAUUCGUGAAUGUUAUGAAUUAACAAAUCAACAACAAUCGUCAUCACCACUUAUUCUUCCAACAUUAAAACGAAAAGAAAAUAAACAAAUAACAUUACUUACUAGUUUAGCACAACUUACAAUAUCAUCUCAAGUAUGGCAACGAUAUUUUCACACUCGUCAAAUUUUACUGUUGAAAAAUCAUGAAGAAUAUUUUGAUAAUUUUCCCUUAUAUAAAUUUCAUUUGAGUUCAUGUUGGUAUGAAUCAAAAGAUUCAUCUAUACAACGUUUAGCUAAUCGUAUACCUACUCAUCCAUUACUUCAUAUUCGUCAAUUAAAUGAUCAAACAAGUGCAACAUGGAAAAGUCUUAUUAAUAUUAAUUUAGCACAACAUUCUUUUUUAAAAGAUCAUAAAAUUCAAGAUGCAAUUCUUUUUCCAGCUGUUGUUUAUCUUGAACUUGCAACAGCUGCUUGUCAACAAUUACUUUCAUCAAAAGAAGAUGAUCGAGAACAACAACCAACAAUUAUUUUUGAAGAUAUUAAAUUUGUUAAAGUACUUAUUUUGAAUGAACAUGAAUUAGUUGAAGUAUUUACACAAAUAAUUAUGCCAAUGCGUGAAUGGUAUAUUAUAUUUUGUAAUCAAGAUAAUUUUAAUAAAUAUUCAUUAAAUGAAUUUACUUUACAUGUUCAAGUUAUAUUACCAGGUGUUGAAACAACAUUUCUUCCUGUACGUAUUCAAAAAUUUAUUUAUUCAAAUAAAACAAAAAUAAAAAUCAAUCAAUCAACAAACAUUGAAGUACGUGGAAAGUAUCAUGAUAAUAUAUGUGGUAUAGGCCAAGAAGAAAUAUAUAGUCUUGAUUUAUGGAUAUUUCCAAUGGAUAAUAAAAUCGAAGAACCAAUAUUUACAUUUGAAGGUGCUGUUAUUCAACAAGUUCAAGGUGCACAUUCUGGUCGAUGGUCAAUGGAACAAAUAAUUUAUGAUAAAUUAAAUCUGACAACUGAUUUACCUAAUACUGAUCAUAAAACAUAUUUAGAUACAAUUAUAAAAGAUUAUUAUUUACUUUCAUCACCUAAAACUAUUCUUAGUCAUCAACUUAAUUCUAUUAGUAAUCAAGAUUUAAUUGAAUCAAUACAAACAUUUAAUGAAUUAGCUGCUUCUUAUGCUGAAAUGGCAAUUAAAAAUCUUGAUUUAAAUCAACAACAUCAUCCAUUAUUAAAUGCAUUAACAUGGAAUUCAACACAACUUCAUCUUAUUCAAUUAAUUGAACGUUUUUCUCGUUUAAAACCAGUUUUAAUCAUAUUAAAUAAAUAUGGUUUAUAUUUAAAAGAUAUUCUUAGUGGAGAAAAAAAUGGAUUAGAUAUAUUUCUUGGUGAUGAUGAAAUUAAACAAAUUUUUCAUUCGAUUUGUGAAUAUUUACAAUUACAAUAUGAACAACAACAAACUAAAGAUAAUUCAUUUGAGAAUUAUCGACUACGUAUAUUUUGGUUAACUGAUAAUGAUUGUUCAGAUAUUUUACCUAUUCUUGAUCUUUUUAUUAUUUGA